UCUAACAUUGCAUUUGUUAUAUUGCAGUGACGUAUUUUAAAGUUACCAUCAAGAUAAAUAUCGAGAAUGGACGCAUUCGAUGUAUCGGAUCGAAAUAGUUGGUAUUUUGGACCGAUGUCUCGUCAGGAUGCCACCGAAGUCCUUAUGAGCGAGCGUGAACGAGGUGUGUUUCUAGUACGCGAUAGUAACUCUAUCGCAGGUGAUUAUGUAUUAUGUGUAAGAGAAGACACCAAAGUUAGUAACUAUAUAAUAAAUAAGAUACAGCAACAGGAACAAAUAUUCUAUCGAAUAGGUGAUCAAUUAUUCGAAAAUUUACCAAAAUUGUUAACUUUUUAUACGUUACAUUAUCUUGACACCACUCCUCUACGGCGCCCUGCUCCAAAGAAGUCUGAAAAAGUUAUAGGGAGGUUCGACUUUGAGGGAAGUGAUCAGGAUGAUCUACCAUUCAGACGUGGGGAAAUCUUGACUGUAAUCCGCAAAGAUGAGGAUCAGUGGUGGACAGCAAGAAAUCAGCAAGGACAAAUCGGCCAAAUACCUGUACCUUAUGUUCAAAGAUGCGAAGGAAAUUCAGAUGACAACUGCAUUGAUCGACCCUUGUCCGGUGUAAGCGAUUGCGGUAAUGCUUUGGGACCUAGCAAUAGUCUUCGUUCGCCAUUGCUGACAAGCGGUACUUGCAAAAGUGAUGCCACAGAACAUUCUACUACGAAUUGUCACCAAUUGAGCAAUUCGCUCAAAAAAUCCGACCUGAAUCGCAAAUUACCAGCGUACGCACGCGUGAAACAGGCACGUGUACCCAAUGCAUAUGACAAAACAGCGUUGAAACUGGAGAUUGGCGAUGUAAUUAGAGUAACAAAAACGAACAUAAACGGUCAGUGGGAGGGAGAACUUAAAGGCAAAAAAGGCCACUUCCCGUUCACACAUGUUGAAUUUAUUAAUGAUUGUGAUUCUCUGCAUAGCAUUGACGAAAGUACGACGGAGACGCAUUCUGCGCUAAGCAUAAAAAACGACUGGGGGGAAUAACUCAUUUAAGAAAUUUCUAUUUCAAGUUGUAUGAUUUUUGCUAUGUUUCUCUUAAUAACUAAGGAUACAACAAAUCAAUAUUAUAAAUAUAAAUUUUCUUAGCUAUAUUAUGGAGUUACCCUCCCAUAAGUAAUAUAUGUUCAUCAGAUAGUUUUAAAUAAACAUAGAGGAAAAAUAGACAUAAGAUAUGCUUUCGCAGAAGUAAUUUGGGACAAGAGUACGCCGAAAAUGAAAACCUACAUUUGAUAUUUGUAAUACGAAUACAGCAAUUUAUUAUGCAUAAAAACGAGUGUCUGCUUUAAAUUGUAAACGGCCUAUACAGACACACUUAUUUAGGUUCAUAUUUUUGUACACAUGCAUAUACAUUAGCGUGGGCCGAAAAUCCGCUUUUUUUGAAUUUUGAUUGGUAAUAGCAAAAAUAUGGUUCAUUAUGUUCUAAAAUAAAUCUGUGUGAAAUGUGAAAAAUUUUGGUCAAUAUCCUAGGCUCGCCCAUGUCCACCAAAGUUCAAGUACUAAAAAAAUUUUUUUUUUAGCUAACUUCGGUUCUUUACAAAAAAGGUCCAUAUACCAAAUUAUGUAGGACUAAUACUUUCGAAGAUAUUUGCAGUUUUAGUAAAAAAGUAUUAACUAUUUUAGUUAAAAAGUAUUAUUUAUUAAUUUUUAUUUUUUGAGCAAAAAAUUCGAAAUUUCACACAGAUUUUUUUUAAAGCAUAAUGAAUCAUAUUUUUGCUAUUACCAAUUAAAAUUCUAAAAAAGCGGAUUUUCGGCACACGCUAAUAUACAUAUAUAAAUAUUUCAUAAACGUGAUCAUUUUAUUAUUUAAAUCUGGUCACAUAUUUUAUGGUUUUGAUUUGUCUUUAUAAAUAAUACUUACGAUAACAAAAAUACAUUAAACAGUUGCUAUAAACAAAUAAAUAAAAAAGAUGCUGUUAUAGAAAUAAUUGAAAAAAAUUCUAUUUACAGCUGAAAACUACA